AUGGUUACCAAAAUCCGAACUAUCACAUGCCAAAGACGCUUUGGCAGAUUUCCUACAGCCAAACAAGGGACAACCCCUUAUAAGAACUAUUCUCUCUCAGUCUACCCAAUUGCAUCCACUACCAUCCUCACUGCUCUCCUCAUUGUUACCUGGUUCCUCCUUGCCAUCCUCUGCCUUGUUCUCACCCUCACCCUCCUCUACUUCAAAGAGGCUUACAAAGUCGAGGUCAUCCUCACUUGCCAACCCACAACCCCUACCGUCAACCUAACCCCUGAGUGGCCAGCAGGAGUACAAGUAAUGUCCCCUGCUGAACUUACCCCCACACCCUUUACUGACCUACUCAGUGCUCUUCUGGGCUUCUUCCUCACCACCCUCCUGUCCAUCCUUGCCCUUGCCCUCAUUGUCUCCCACACCCUUUGUCUCACCCUUUGCCACCUUGAAUGA